AAAAAAUCCGCAGUCUUGGUCAAGAAGUGCUUUUAAAGAAGUUCGUGAACGAUGAUUUCCAAGUUUUUUGUCUUUAUUGCACUUUUGUUGCUCAAUUCGAAGGCAGAUUCGGUCCUCAAUGACGCAGUGGGCACUUGUAGUGUUCAAUCCGGCGAAAUUCUUCCCGAUGCGGCAUGUUACGACAAUUGUUUGGACACGGAAGAGCAACGUCACUUCUUAACAUGCAUCGAAAUGGUCUGUUAUUGUCGUUUAGUGGGUGAUGCGCGAUCAAUUUCGCCUCCUGCUGACCCUGUGGUGCCCUUGAACGCGGGAGGAGUGACAGAAAAGCCAUCGGAAAAUGUUCCAACUGUUUAUGUACCAUCAGAAAACGUAAAUUCAACCACUUUGAGUGCUUCUGUUGAAAGUUCAGCGGUGACUGAAGCAACAAAUAAUGGAACAACAAGCAGCGAAACUCCAAAAAUGGCUGAAAAUCAAACAGAAAGUACAUCCAGUAGCUCUUUAGGGAGUAGUUCAGUACCUGGAGAUGUGUCAUCUUCAACAAAUGCAACUCCGAAAGUGUAAAAAAUUUAAAAUAAAUUUUUUCUGACGUCUUUUGUGCCAAAAAUUGAUCAAUUCCGUGUCACUUUCGAUGAAAUUGUUCACCUUCAAGCCGGCUUUUAAAUAUUUAUCACCUAAUAAUUCGAGUCACGCGUCUGAAAGUAAAUA